AUGUUCUUUAAAAGAAAUCCAUCCAUAUGUGACCAAGGCAGCACCAACAACAAGAUCGAUGCUGCGUUACUGCUUCCACAGCCAGAUCAGGAAGACGUGCAAGAAGAAUACGAGGACGAGGAUAAUGUCGAUUUUACUCCUUUCCUCACACAAGCAGACACAGAAUGCCAUUCCACCCCACAAGACGAUGACACUGUGGAUAGCAACGAUUCUUGCAUUCACGACGAGGGUGUCCUCAAUUGCUACUUUCACGUGACGCAUGCUUUUGCCACCAAGAGGAGUUAUGUCAAGAAAAUGCGUAACCCAGUCUUUGCCCAACCCAAAGGAACAGCGCAUCGUCAUGUUCGAAACAUCGCUUGUACUAAGACACCUGAACAACGUCGAUGUGUGACUGAUCUGUACAUGACCGAUUGGAGGACCAAUCGGGGGGAAAAAGCUGCUGCAGACCACCUCGAGAAGGAAUAUUGCCAAUAUCCAAAGUGGAAUUGGAACUAUUACUGCACUGGGGAGGUUGGAUGUUACCCAACAAACUGUCCUAACGAGAGCUUUAAUCGACAUGGGAUCAAAUCCAUCUGCGAACACACAAAGAAUGCUUCACUUGGUACGUUCCUGGUUCAGACAAUUCCGGCUUUACUGCGAGACGACGCCUUUGCACGAAGUGAUCCCUGUACAAUCGAAAUCCCACGUUCGGCAUCUGUGUUGGCAGUUGCUGUUGCUGGGUAUUAUCGCGAAGGAUUGGACAUUAUCCCACUUGGUCGUGACGGUGAUGACAGGCCUUCCAGUUGGAUCGCGAAUCUUCAUCACAAGAUUGGAGUGCCUCUGGAUGAACGUCGAAGAUUGCUUAUUGCCGCUUCUCUUGAUGGCGAUACACGUCCAUUUAUGAAGAGUCUCACUCACCGACUUGGGAAACCACCACUGCAAGAUUCAAUCGCUGAUGCCAUGGUGUCAGCUACUGUUUCGGUGUGCCAUCUGUCUUGGAAGGAUGGAAACAUAGUGGGAGAUUGCGAAGAAUGCGUGAAACAUCUGGGGUAUAACUGUCCAGCUGCCAUCUAUUUACGAAGCAGACAUGGGCUCCUGGAUGAUACAGUGGAGAAUCUUCGCAAGACGAAUGCCAAUAGGAACGGCACAGUGGUCAAGUCGGAUGCCAGGGGCAGUACGAAGGGCAUGUACACGAGCGGUCUUUCGCGCACCGGCAGCAAACGUCGUUGUCUUCCUAAGAUGCUGAAUACUUUCGAAUCCUACCUUGGAACUCUGACAAGGACGCAACUUGUGCGAGUGUUGGAGUAUCUUCGUCUUCAUCCCAAGGGAAAGACUGUGGCUGAUUUCGUUCGUAAGAAGACACACGCUGAAUUGUUGGAGGUACUCAUUGCUUUCUUUGACAACCCAACUGCUUUCAGAACAAUGCGUGACAACAGUAGUGGCGAGAAAACCUCCUAUGAGAUUGUUAAGAGCUUGGCAUGCAAGGUGAAAUCUGCUAGCAAAGAGAAUAAUGGAGCGCUAUAA